ACCUUUGAAGGUAUGGCUCAGGUGGUGCUGUCAGUGGUCAUUUUUGAUUUUUAGGUUAUGUUAUUACCUAUUUGAAAAAACUUAUUUUUCCACUAUGGAUAUCGUUAAUGAAAUAUUAGAAAGAGAACAGAAAAAAGCUGAAAAAUACAAGCCUAUCACAGUUGAAAAGCAUUUAGAAUUGGACAUUGAUAUUGGGACUUUACUAGCUGCAGACACCAAUGAUUUGGAUGUAAAAUCUUUGAGAUCAGACAGCGAAAGAGAUGUAUACUUACAGUCUCUGGCCCGCGACAACACACAGUUACUUUUAAACAAGAUCUGGGAGCUCCCCACAGAGAGGAUAGAUGAAGCUAUAGUGGUUAGGCUGCCGGCGCCCAAGACUGUGCUUCCAAGAUCUAAGCCUGUGCCUAAACCUAAGCCCUUGACUAAAUGGCAGGAGUUCGCUAAAGCAAAAGGUAUCACUAAAAAGAAGAAAGAUAAAUUGCAAUGGGAUGAACAGUUGCAGAAAUGGGUGCCGUUAUAUGGAUUCAGAAAAACAGCAGCAGAAAAACAGAAAGAUUGGUUAAUAGAAGUACCACAAAACAUAGACCCAAUGACAGACAUGUAUGAGAAGAAAUCCAGCGAGAAGUCCGAGAAGGUGGCAAAAAAUGAGCUGCAGAGGCUGAAGAACAUUGCGAGAGCUAAGAAAGUGAAGAUUCCCAGAGUUGGUCUGCCUGUCACCGCCGAUAAAGCUUCUGCUACUCAGUUAUCAACAGCGGCUGUAGUAGCAAAAGCCUCAACAGCGUCACUUGGCAAAUUCCAAGACAAGCUGCCAAAAGAGAAGGAAGCAAGAGGCAUCGGCAUCCACGAACUCAUACCUGGCAAAGAGAGGAAGAGGAAAGCUCCCAUACCAACUCCUCAGGUGGAGAAGGAAAAUAACCUGAACUUAAUUGACAGAAUCCUAAACAAGAGACCUAAAAUUAACUUGGAGAAAGCUGUGUCGAAGCAUAUUCAUGAGGAACAAGUACAAAAAUCGGAAGAGAAAAAGAACAUGAAGCCACUCAAAGGCAAGCGCAAGGCGAAGGGUAGCAACCAAUCCAACUUCUCAGCUAAAAAACCUAAAGCCGGGAAGGGGCAAAGGAACCCGACCAAAAAGACUACGGGAAGAAAAAGGAGAUAAGAUUAGUGUUGUAUAUUUGUACACGUUACAUGUUUAAACAUUAAAGUCUUUACUGUA